GUGAGGCAGAGACACAGAGAGGGGAUUGAGAGGAGCAGCAGAGGAAGCUAUCUCUGAGCUGCUCUCCACUGCAGCGUCUGGCUUUCACUAAAAGGUCUAUGACCGUGUUUUUCCUGCGCUUGUUUGCCUAAUUUAUUCCUGCCGGGGCCAGCAGAGAGAGAGGCGGAGAAGAAGAAAAAAGAAAAAGGACGGGCAGAACAGUAAAGAGUGCAACAUUACACCCCGACUUGCUGACAGGGAACGCAGAGAGGUUCUGGCCUCUGGUUGUUACUGCUGGAUGGACAAGCACUGACAAAACAGGAGACAACACUUUGUGCAGCUUUGAGAGGAGGAGAUUUCUCAACUCUGCUUUUUGUUUUGGCUCGGUUUCUUUUCUGUGACAUUCGAGCCUCUCACGCCACAGACUCUAAAGAGUUGGAGGAGCCACAAGAAAACAUAAUUUCACCACAAAGACAGAAGAGGAGGACUUAUUUGACUCGCUUUGUUGCUGCAGAGACCACAAAGACAUUAUUCCAGGAGUGAAAGUGGUGUAUUGUCGUUGUCACCACUUUUUAUUUUAAUGACAAGUGUGGAAUUAGUUUGCAGCUGGAUCUUUUUGGCUAUGUGUUGGGCACACUAAACCAAAAUACUUAUUGUAUAUGAAAGCUGAAGUUGCUCUGUGGAAAAGAAACACAAUCCAAUUCCAAAAACUCUCCAUAAGUCUUUUUUUCUUCUUCUUUUGGGAUAUAUGACUGAGCAUUUCCAAAGCAAAAUAUUGUCAUAUUUUUCCUCUUCAUCACUAUCACCUCUGCUUCUAUAACAGCCCAGACAAGUCAAGAGUGAGUCUGGACUAGAACUGCCUCAGAUCAGCAGAUAACACCUCUGCACGGCAGGAACUGGUUGGACUAGUUUAUAAGUUGGAGGAGAGGGCAGGGCAGUUCAACCCAGCCUGAAAGAAAGCUGUGUUUUAUUUUCCUCCCACUUGCUUGUCCUUUAGGGAGAAAGUCGAGCACUGAGAAAGGGGCUUCUUUUUCAUUUGGAGAGUAAGUCUUGUUUUGUCCCUUGUCCCUAUACUUAGGGAUAGGUGAGGUGUUUUUCUUUUUACUUCUUCCAGGGGGGAGACUUAGAGAAAAAGUGUGAGGGAGGGAGAAAGAGAGAAGUCAAAGUGUAAUUUAUUGUUUCCAGUGAAAAGAGCAAGGCUGCACCCUUUUCCCCUGCUUGAACUCUGAACCACUCAAUGUGUGUCUGAAGUUUCUCAGAACUCGGGAGCCAUUGAUCGGAGGUCAGGGCAGAGAACACAAGGGUGAAAGACAAGAACAGAGAGAGCAGAGGGAUUAAAGAGGAGCGAGAGAGAAAACAGCACUGGGAAGGACUUCCAGGUCGUUACAACCAGACGGUAAAGGGGAGAAAGGUCAACACGGGAAAGUCCGGGAGGACUUUUAUCCUUCUUCUAGAUCUUCUUGGACAAAACCUGCCUUCAAUACAAACCUGGAGGCACUGUUUUCUUGUCUGGAACCCUUUUUUAGAGUUUGUGGGUAGUUGGAAGCCGGGGGACAGGGUGGGUCUGUGUAUGAUCCACUCACAGGGCUGCGUGUCUCAGAGAAUAUGGCCAUGGUGAGCGGGGGAUGGGGCAACCCCAACGGGGACACUAAUGGACUGGGGGAGAAGGCUUACCUACGGAGAGAGGAAGAGGAGGGCUCGCCUCAGGCCGGGAGCAGCGAUGUGGACGUCGGGGACGAGGACAAGUCCUGCGUGGUGGACUGUGUGGUGUGCGGAGACAAGUCCAGCGGGAAGCACUAUGGCGUGUUCACCUGCGAGGGCUGCAAGAGCUUCUUUAAGAGGAGCAUCAGACGAAACCUCAAUUACUCCUGCAGAUCAAAUCGAGAAUGCCAAAUUGACCAACAUCACCGCAACCAGUGCCAAUACUGUCGCCUGAAGAAAUGUUUCCGUGUGGGAAUGCGCAAAGAAGCAGUCCAGAGGGGACGAAUCCCUCCAUCUCACUCAGGUAUCAGUCCCAACUCCCUGGCAGGUGGGGUUGGAGGAGCAGGGCCCGGUCACAUUGGGGCGGACUACUUCAACGGGCAGCCGGUGUCAGAGCUCAUCUCCCAGCUCCUCCGGGCUGAGCCGUACCCCAGCAGCCGAUACGUGACCCCGUACGGUCAGGCACAGAUGCAGGCAUCUGCGAGCGGAGCCUCCGUCAUGGGCAUCGACAGCAUCUGUGAGCUGGCUGCCCGGCUUCUCUUCAGCACCAUUGAGUGGGCCAGAAACAUCCCAUACUUCCCAGAACUGCCAGUCUCAGAGCAGGUGGCGCUGCUGAGGCUGAGCUGGAGCGAGCUCUUCAUCCUGAACGCAGCUCAGUCUGCUCUGCCUCUACACAUGGCUCCUCUGCUGGCAGCUGCCGGGUUCCACUCAUCUCCCAUGUCUGCUGAGCGUGUGGUGUCCUUUAUGGAUCAGGUCAGGGUUUUUCAGGACCAGGUCGAGAAGCUGAACCGGCUGCAGGUGGACUCCGCCGAGUACAGCUGCCUAAAAGCCAUUGCACUCUUUUCACCUGAUGCUUGUGGUCUGACAGACCCGGCCCAUGUGGAGUCCCUGCAGGAGAAGGCCCAGGUCGCCCUAACAGAGUACGAGAGGUUGCAGUACCCAAACCAGCCUCAGCGCUUUGGCCGCUUACUGCUGCGCCUUCCAGCUCUGCGCGCCGUGCCAGCCAACCUCAUCUCUCAGCUCUUCUUCAUGCGACUGGUGGGCAAGACACCCAUUGAGACGCUGAUCCGAGACAUGCAGCUAUCAGGGAGCUCCAUCAGCUGGCCCUACGUACCAGGACAGUGAACCCUGGAGACUCCAGAGUAAGAUGGACUGAGAUCAGAUUUGGAGGAAUUAGAGCUCACAAAGAUUACAUACAAAGGACAAACUGAAUGUUAUGAAUACAAACUGGGAUCUCAGACGUUUAUGGUCUUUGUUUGUGAGUGCAGAGGUCAGCUUUUCCCACAUUAGUUCUGUAAAGUUUGGUGAAAGUCACACCAAAACGCUGCUUUCAGUGUGAACAUUUUUUUGUAUUUGUCUUUAUAUGUAUAUGUUUGCAGCACUUGUCAGUUUUGCUCUGACCUCCAUCUGAUCUCUCUCUGUCUCAUUCUGGACAAAAAACCCAAGGCUUUAAUUAAAAUGCAGACUCUAACAUGAGGCUAUGUGCCUGUACUACCUCCUCCCAUAUCACCCCUAAUGGGACUCAGUUUGAACCCAGGCUCUGUGUGUUUUCCCUCUGCUUUGUUUUUUUAAAAGCCAAAAUGACGCCAUAGCGGUGCAACUUUUACAGGCAGAGCUUUGUAUCUGUGACAUGUCACGCAGAUCGUACCUAAGUCGUGUCCUGUUUGAUAAAUGCGAUGAAAUAUCAACCUUUGUUACCAAAUGUAUUUGUGAAGACUGAAAGGUUUCACCUUGUACAGCAUUAAAACAAAGAAGAGGCAUGGGUAUUGUAUUGUAUAUUGUAUAUGAAGUAUUGUAUAUACAAGACAGUCUAUUUUGUAGGCUAUGUGAUGUACUUGAAGGAAUAGUUCAACAUUUUGGGAAAUACGCUUAUUAAAUCUUUUGCAGAGUUAGAUGAGACGAUCGAAUGCACUUACAUAUCUGUACGAUAAAUAUAAAGCUACAGUCAGCAGCUAGUUAGCUUAGCAUAAAGACUGGAAACAGGGAGAAACAGAUAGCCCGGCUCUGAUCAAAGGUAACAAAGUAAAUACCUCUCCAGUUCUCUAAUUAAGAUGUUGUCUCCUUUGUGUAAUCUGAACAAAAGCUGUGAAAACAACAUGUUUUACGGGGUUAUGUGCUGGACUAUUUAGUAACUUUCUGGAACUCCACUGGUUAGCCAGAUAUCCCUGUAAAAGAGAAAAUUGACAUUUCUGCACAUUGUUUUUUGUGCAGACACUAUAACUUGUUAAUUAGUAAGUAUUACAGGUGUUGGUAGGCGGAUUUUGUUACCAGGUUUGAGUCAGGUUAGCUCCCCGUUUCCAGUCUUUAUGCUAAGCUAAGCUAACCAGCUGCUGGUUCUAACUCCAUGUUCACUGUUCUCUCUGCAAGAAAGUGAAUAACAAUAUUUCCCCAAAAUGUUGAGCUAUUUCUUCAAUAUAGUUUCUUAUACAAUAAUGUUCCUGCGACAGGAAGUGGAGGUGAAAGUACUCACACACCCUGGCUCCUCAGACAGUCACAUCCCUCUCAAACAUUAUUACCUCAUGUUUUAUACAUCAAAGACAAAGAUUAUACAUUCAUGUGCUAAAGAUAAAUAUAAAGGGAUCAAUGUAUCUUUAUCAGAGACCGUAAACACUAAUUAAAUCCCCUAUAUACUUGUCUGUCCACCAGACUUUGGCCAAAAUAUAUUUGAAAAUGUUUUGAAAUGUAAUGUGUAAUGUAAGAAGACACCCAUAGUUUGACUUAAAGUAACCCUUCUGAAUUAUCUCUGCAAUCUGGGGAAGAAGAGGUAGUUUAUUCUUUCACAUUUGUGGUCCCCUUUUAAAAGCAAUGUGUUAAAACAUGGCCUAAAGUGGACAGAGGUCACUUUCAGUUAAUUAUUAUGUGUGUGCAAGGUACUCCAAGUGUUGUAAGUGUUGUAAAGGUUAUGGUGUUUGUUGGUACUGAGAUAAAAGGUACUAAGUCACAAUCACGAGCGUUAUUGCCAUGAAGUGCAGCUCAAUGUGACAAAUGUUUUUCUUGCCAAAUUAACUGACUGAAAGAAAAAGACAAUUGGGGGGACAAACUUGUUUUUGGUAUGACUUUUUGUAUUACUCAUCAUAAAAAGGAAACAAUAAUCUCUGAUGCUGAUAAACAACUUCAUCCACAGCUAUUCAUGCUGUCCUUGAAUCACGUUGUUAUUUGUUGGGAUGUAAAUGAUGUAAGUGAAUUGACUGUGUAGCUGUACUUUUAAAAGAAGUAUGUUUCUAUGACCAUGCCAAACCUAAAAAAUGCAAAACAAGUUAAUAUGACUGGUUAAUUUUGCAUUACGAGAAAUAAAAGUAUGCACAUUC